AUGGCAUCGUGGCAAGAAUCCGCAUCCAGGAAGCGGGAGUCGGUGCUUGCAAAGAUCCCGGAACAAUGGCGUUUAUCGGAGUCGUUCUGUGCAGUUCCAAUAACUCCAAAUUCGCUGAGCCGCAAUGUGACGACAGAUGCGUUUCUGCAGACUCUUCCAAGCGCGGCGCGGCUCAGCCAGAGGGAGCUUGAAAUUACGUCCGAGACCCGCAUUAGCGAAAUCUUGAAGAAUUAUGAGUCUCAGCACUGGACCGCUGAGGAAGUAAUAACAGCUUUUUGCCACCGAGCCGCCAUCAGCCAUCAAAUGACGGAGUCUCUAUCAGAAAUAAGGUUCGUUGAAGCGGUUAACGAGGCCAAGGCGCACGACAACUAUCUUCGGGCCAAUAAUAAACUGAUCGGGCCACUCCAUGGUAUCCCCGUCAGCCUUAAAGAUCAGUUCCGGGUUGAAGGUCUCGAAACUGCGAUGGCCUACAUCGGCUGGCUGGGAAAUGUAGAAACAAAUCAAACGGAGAGUUUACUCACGAAACAAAUCAAAUCUCUGGGUGGAAUUAUCGUUGCAAAGGCGAAGACAGUAUCGAACCUACAGCCUCCAGGACUGAACCCAUAUAACAGGCUUCUAUCCCCGGGCGGAAGUUCUGGUGGAGAAGGUUCGUUACUCGCAUUUCGUGGCUCAGUUCUCGGGGUUGGUACGGAUAUGGGCGGAUCAAUUCGAAUACCAUCUGCCUUCAAUCAUCUAUUCGGGCUGAAGCCAAGCCAUGGCCGUAUCUCGUACAAAGACCUUGCCAAUUCGCUGGCUGGUAAGCCGGUGGUCCCGAGCGUAGCUGGGCCAAUGUCGACAACCCUACAAAACCUGAUUCAUUUCACCAAAGCCAUCAUCGAAAGUGAAGGGUGCGGAGUGGACCCAGCUCUUAUUAACAUGCCAUGGCGGCAAUCGAAAUUCGACCAAGUUCGAAUUGAUGCAGCUGCGGGUGGGCUUUGUUUCGCAACCUUUCCACACGAUGGAGUAGUAAAACCGCAUCCUACGAUUUCCCGGGGGGUAGAUUCCGCCAUCGAUGCAAUACGACAAGCUGGACAUAAGGUUAUUGGAUGGGACCCUCCUAGCCAUUUAGAAGGCUCUCGAAUCUACGCUGGUAUCGUUUUCGCAGAUGUCCAUGACGUUCAUGACGCGAUCAGGCUGAGUGGUGAGCCUCUUAUGACUGCCCUCGAGCCACUAUUUGGGAAGGAUGAACCACGCAAAUCUAUGGACAUGAAAGAUUACUACGCUCUGGUCCUAAGAUUCAGAAAAUACCAGGAGCAGUAUGCUGAGUACUGGGAGUCUACUAAAACGCUCACAGGCACUGGACGCCCCGUGGAUGGCAUCAUCACCCCAGUAGCAGCGCAUGCUGCCGUGCGACACAACUCGUUUUUCUCCUAUAAUUAUACGAUUGUGUAUAAUAUCCUUGACUACGCUGCUGUGACGGUACCGGUCACUUUUGCCGACAAGAAUAUUGACAUUGCUAGACCUUAUCCUGAACCUCUCAAUGAUACCGACGAGAAGAACUGGAAUGCUUAUGAUCCUGAAAUGUAUCAUGGUGCCCCUAUUGGAAUUCAGAUAGUGGGUCGCAGGUUGGAAGAGGAAAAGGUAUUGGCACUAGCUGAGGUGCUCUCAGGUGUACUCCGUGUCACGUCUUCGUAA